GAGAGAGAGAGAUCCAUUCUCCAUCCCCCACACAAAAGGUGGUGGGAAAAAAGUUCUUUUUGUACACACUGCGAUGAUGGUGAUGAUGAUGCCUGCAAUCUCCAACAGCAACACCAAUACAACAUUUUUUCAAUUCCUCUCUCUCUCUAUCUCUCUCUCUCUCUAUUGUUCCCCUCUUCUCUUCGUCUCUCUCUCUCUCUCUCUGUGUUCUCUUUCUUUUUUGUUUUCUCUUCUUUACUCAUAACCAUGACCAGUCUCUGCUCACUUCCCAAUCACAUCCUCUGCAAUUAUAGUGACAACCCAUGCUAGACACAUAGAGCCACAAACCAAAAACAAACUCGCUAUGGAGAACAAGUGUGGCUGUUGGGCUCUUCUAAAACGGGGACUUACAGGUGCCUGCAAAUCUUCUGCCUCUAAAGACUCUGCUAACACUAUCCCUCGUACUAGUCUUGUUUAUGAUGCAGCUACUGAAACAAGAUAUCUAAAUGCUAGCAAUCGAGAGUUAUGCCCUCCAAAUGAAGCAAAAUUAUCUUCUGAUAAUCCUGAUCCGCUAUCAACAGAUAACAAAUCACCAUGCCAGUUACUUCAGUUCACCUUUCAAGAACUAAAAUCAGCAACUGGUAAUUUUAGGCCUGAUAGCAUUCUUGGAGAGGGUGGAUUUGGAUAUGUCUUCAAAGGAUGGAUAGAGGAGAAUGGGACUGCACCAGCAAAACCAGGUUCAGGAAUCACAGUUGCAGUGAAGAGUCUAAAGCCAGAUGGUCUUCAAGGCCAUAGAGAAUGGGUGGCUGAAGUAGAUUUUCUUGGACAGCUUCACCAUCCUAAUCUUGUUAAGCUUAUUGGAUACUGCAUUGAGGAUGAUCAACGGCUGCUUGUUUAUGAAUUUAUGACACGGGGAAGUCUUGAAAAUCAUCUUUUCAGAAGGACAAUACCUCUUCCAUGGUCCAACAGGAUCAUGAUUGCACUUGGGGCAGCAAAAGGAUUGGCCUUUCUUCAUGGUGGUCCAGAACCAGUAAUUUACAGAGAUUUUAAGACAUCAAACAUCUUACUCGAUUCGGAAUAUAAUGCAAAGCUUUCAGAUUUUGGUCUAGCAAAAGCUGGGCCUCAAGGUGACAAAACUCAUGUUUCUACCAGGGUGGUCGGAACAUAUGGUUAUGCUGCGCCAGAAUAUGUAAUGACAGGACACUUGACAUCUAAGAGUGAUGUUUACAGCUUCGGUGUUGUGCUGCUUGAGAUUCUGACAGGCAGAAGAUCAAUGGACAAGAAGCGCCCUAGUGGUGAACAAAAUCUAGUAGCAUGGGCUCGGCCUUAUUUAGCUGACAAGCGAAAGCUGUACCAGCUAGCGGAUCCCAGGUUGGAGCUGCAUUACUCUCUUAAAGGGGUCCAGAAAGUUUCUCAAUUAGCUUAUAACUGCCUCAAUAGGGAUCCAAAAUCCCGCCCUACAAUGGAUGAAGUUGUGAAAGCUCUCAUACCAUUGCAAGAUCUAAAUGAUCUCGCCAUCUUAUCUUACCAUUCUCGUUUGUCUCAACAAGCAAGGCGCAAGAAGAAAUAUGAAGGAACUCAGCAGCACACAAAUGCCGCAUCUAAAAGCAUCAGAGAUUCACCCUUGAAUACCGGCAAGCAGCGUUGUAGAUGAUGGACGGGCAACUGUAAAACAAAAGCAAAGGUUUGUAUGUCCACCUUUGUGCAUUGGUACGUGGAGAUUAUUUCGAGCUUGUGGUAGAACUUUUGGUUGAUUUAAGAUUUGCGUAAGCCAGAAAGGACUUAGAAGAGGAAAGGUAAAAUCAGUUUCUAUGAAACCUUACACUAGAAAGCUAACCAUCAACGUGUACCUUCCUUGAGAUUUGCCUCUGUUUGUAAUUGAGAUACAUCUUGUAAUUAGAUAAAAACCUUCCAUUUCUAAGAUUGCUUUAUGCAUCUACCUGAAUGUAAUUGCUUCGAGUUUUUGGAAUCCCAUCAUGUUUUUUCUUCUUCCAA